CCGUCUAGUUCCCUUUGUGGCCCGGGGUCCGCGCCCGUGAUCCUCCUGCCUCAGCCUCCCGUCGCGUAAACCACGCUCCGCCGAGGCCGCAGUCGACCCGCCUCCCCCCGCCGGAGAGAUAAAAGUUUACAUUCAAGGAAUAAGGAAAAGGAAGAACAGGCAGAUCCAAGAUGUGUAGCUCCGUGGCUGCCAAGCUGUGGUUUUUGACAGAUCGUCGCAUCAGGGAAGACUAUCCGCAAAAAGAGAUCUUACGAGCUUUGAAGGCCAAAUGUUGUGAGGAGGAAUUGGACUUCAGGGCUGUGGUGAUGGAUGAGGUGGUGCUGACAGUCGAGCAAGGAAAUCUGGGCCUGCGGAUCAAUGGAGAGCUAAUCUCUGCCUACCCACAGGUGGUGGUAGUGAGGGUUCCAACCCCGUGGGUGCAGAGUGAUAGUGAUGUCACCGUUUUGCGCCACCUAGAGAAGAUGGGGUGCCGAUUGAUGAACCGACCUCAAGCCAUCCUGAACUGUGUUAAUAAGUUCUGGACGUUUCAAGAGCUAGCUGGCCAUGGUGUACCUCUACCAGAUACUUUUUCUUACGGUGGCCAUGAAAACUUCGCUAAAAUGAUUGAUGAAGCGGAAGUGCUGGAGUUCCCCAUGGUAGUGAAGAAUACGAGGGGUCAUAGAGGCAAAGCUGUUUUCUUGGCAAGAGAUAAACACCACUUAGCUGACCUAAGCCAUCUUAUUCGGCAUGAAGCUCCGUAUUUGUUCCAGAAAUACAUUAAAGAGUCUCAUGGAAGGGACGUACGAGUCAUUGUUGUGGGAGGCCGUGUAGUUGGCACCAUGUUGCGUUGUUCGACAGAUGGAAGGAUGCAAAGCAACUGUUCCCUAGGUGGUGUGGGGAUGAUGUGCUCAUUGAGUGAACAAGGGAAGCAGCUAGCAAUCCAGGUGUCUAACAUCCUGGGGAUGGAUGUGUGUGGCAUUGACCUGUUGAUGAAAGAUGACGGCUCCUUCUGUGUCUGCGAGGCAAAUGCAAAUGUAGGUUUCAUCGCCUUUGAUAAGGCUUGUAAUCUAGAUGUAGCUGGUAUCAUAGCAGACUAUGCUGCCUCCCUUCUGCCCGCUGGCCGGCUCACCCGGCGCAUGUCCCUGCUCUCUGUGGUGUCCACGGCCAGUGAGACUAGUGAGCCGGAGCUUGGUCCCCCUGCCAGCGCUGCUGUCGACAACAUGAGCGCAAGUUCCAGCUCUGUCGAUAGCGACCCUGAAAGCACCACCGAGCGAGAGCUGCUCCCCAAGCUCCCAGGGGGCCUAUUCAACAUGAACCAGCUGCUAGCCAAUGAAAUCAAACUCCUGGUGGAGUGACUCCACCGGUAAAUAAUUAACCAACAAAAUCCUUGUAAAACUGUCUCCCUGAACCCCAUCCCCUUCCCCUUUAACCAACUUGCAAUGCUGUUCAUGGAAAAUGCUCAGGAGGUUGAGAGAAAGGUAUAGUAAGAUUGGUUAGAAGAAGGGAAAAUAGAUGAGACCUCUGGUAGUAAUACUUAACUGACUCAUUUACAGGUUCUACAGAGAGGACUAAUAGGUGAUACACGGAGAAAUGGCAGGCUCUCGUGUUACCUUUUCAUUUACUAAAAUGCAGCUCUUAGGCCAUGAGGAACAUGGAAGAUUUUUUUCUCCCCAUGGUCUCUUGCUUUCAUUUUUACAUACAUAGGAUGGUUUUGAUCCAAGUACUUGAUAGCAUGACUUCACAGUUUCAUGUUUUAUAAAGAGGAAAACAUCUGCUUAAAAUACAGAAAUGUUUUAGUGAUCUGAAAAUUCUGCCGUUUCUCUCAGCUAGCAUUUAGUGCAUAGUUGUUUAUGAACUCUAAGGGGCUCUGACUGGGAUUUCUUAUUUUCAAGUUGUUCGUCUUCUGUUUUUUUUCCCCUUAGUUUGGGUGGGAGGGUAAUGUGACUAUAAUCCAAUAAAGAUUUUUAAUAACAAAAUUGGCAUGUUUGCAUGAUGAAAGGGAAGUGAACAGUAUUGCAAUGUCUGGUAUACAAAGUAACAUUUACUCAAUGUAGAUAAAGUUACACUAGUUGAAGUUUGUGCAUUGACUUGUAUUUGUUAGUGUUUUAGUCUUUUUUGAAAGAUACAUGCUCUGUUAAUGUUGCAUUUUUAAUACAUGCUGGUAACAUCCCUUGCUCUAUGACUGCAUCUUUAACAAUGGCCAAAGUAAACAAAAUGCUACUUUUUUGGUUAACAAGACACCUACUCAAAAUAUACACAUUUAAAAGUCUCCCUGCACCCUUCCCCUUUUUCCCUUUUGAUGAAUUAGACAUUUAAAGGUUACGGACAGGGACAUAUCAGGGAGGCAAGUCAGCGUUGUUAGGUAUAAAGCUGAAAUGAUUUCUUAAUGCUAAUUUUUAUUUGCAUUUUUCACAUUUUAGAAAGGAGUAUAUGUGUUGCAUGCAAGUGUACAUGUUUUAUUCUUUGUUUACACCAGACAAAAAGAAUAGAUUCUAGAGAAUGGCAUGAUGAGAAACAGUUUUUUACUUAAGACAGAACAAAACAAAACAGAUGAAUUGCCUUAGACUCUGAUAGUUUAGAGCUACUCCCCUAGAGACAAUAGGAAAGUAGAUGUUUCUUAGGCUUUUUUGUGUGUAUGUAUGUUGUUUGUUUUUGUAGACUGUUUGGUGUAUGAUUUAUUCAAGGCUACAUGCUUUUAUUUAAUGUUAUGGCUGUGCAUUUUCUUUUUUACAUUUUAAGUUCUGGAGGGAGGUGGACUAGAUGUUCUAAUUUGGGGAUUUUUUAACAUAUUGAGUCUCAUAGCCCUACUCCUAAGCCUUCAGUACUGACACUCUAUUCCUUUUCUGAAUUAAUGAAAGCCCCCAAACUGCAUAUCAUAUGAGCCUUUAAUACAAGGAAAAAUCUAUUCCAGUGAUGAGUCUGGAAGAUGUGUUAAGAAAUGGAGAUGCUUCAGGGGUCAGCAUAAUUUUUAAACAGCAAGUUUCAUCUCCCUACAAAUCUCUGCAGCGUUUUUCCCAAGCUUUUCUUGCCUCUCCAGCACUGUUUUCCUUCAGAUGGACCUUAACGUAAUUUCUUGGACUCUACUUAGAGACUUCAAGGUGGUAAUAAAACAUCAGCAUUAUUCAGCUCUGAUGGAGGUUUGAUCAUGCUUAAUGUAUAGUUCUGCCCCAUUUUAAAAAGGAAUGUAAUAAAACUUGGUUUCUCCACAUAGAAUUAAAUAAUAUUAAAAGUAUGGAGUGAAAGGUUUUGUUGACAAAUAGAAUAGUACCUAUAAUCUGUGAACUCUCAUUUCACCUCAGAAAAAAGGCACAUAAGGAGUUUCUAAUUUAUCUUUAGGGUACCCUAUUUCAUCUGCCCGUUUUGAUUUGCACAGGGUUAUUGGGAAUCAUGCAUACCUCUGAUUCAUUAAUAGAAUAAAAGUACUUGGUACUUUGCUGAAUGAUCACAUUUUGGAGAGUGCAUACUAUUUGGUAUAGACAAAUAAAUGAACAGUUGUGUAAUCAGAUCCUAAGACCAUCUGGUUGCCACAUACAUUAUGAUAUACAUGUAUGUAAGUUCAUGCACUUAAAAACAAAUAGAACAUCUUCAUUGGAUGAAAAGUUUAUUUUUUAUGAUGGGAUAAAGAAACAGGACAAUUACAGCCAGCCAGUUUUCUAAAGCAAGCACUAUUAUGAAAGUUUUCACUGGCCAUUUCAUUCCUGUUGCUGCGGCCACUGUGCAUGCGCAGUGCUGGAACGUAGCUCUUCCCCAGCCGCCUUCUGGGUGCUGCACUCACACCUUAGACUGCAAACAGUAGAACUGAUCGUCUUGAAUCUUCUCAAAUUAAGGUAAAGAAUGAGAAUAAACCAUUCUGGAAGAACUCAAAGGAAACAAGGGAUAGUUGCCCUUUUCAGAAUUGUUUUCGUAACUUUUGUAUAGUCCUCAUCACUACUAUGAGAAAAUGUAUAAAAUUUGUGUAAUCAUGA